AUGGAACUACAGCAUCACCAUUUAGUUUUGGUAAUUCUUGUGUGUUUCACAACAGUGAGUUUUUAUAAAGUUAUAUCCACCGAUAAAGGAUAUUACUACAGACCUACCACGUCCUUUGCAACAAGCACGAAGAUUUCAGACGUUGAUGUGUGUCGCUCGCUAUUCACUAUUAAUGGCGUUCCUAGCAAGAACGUUUUCCGCCAUGUUGCCACGAGCGAGACACCCGGGGCAAAAUCCAGGGCUACCGUAACCUACGGCGAGGAAGAGAUCGCUGCUGCUGCCAGGGGAGUGCGGCACUUGGUGCACAAGAGGGCGUCAUCCUCGGGGCCUGACACGGCCGACUAUCGCGUCCUCGGCGCCCUUCUGCCCAAUCUCGGUCAGCCGAGGCCGCACGUCCGAGGGGGAAGCAGAAUCGACGCCGGCGGAGGCGUGUUGCCCUUCGUGCCGUGCGUCAUCGCGCCCUACGACCAGCCGGCCUCCUUCGCCACCUGCGUCAGGAGGAGGCUGGAGGAAAAGGGCUCCUUCUGGAUCUACUUCAUGGGGGACUCCAAAAUUAGACACGUGUUCCUGCAUUUAUUGGAUCGGACUGACAAGAUAUUCCGCUACAGGAUUGAGUGUAAGAACGAAACGAUGACGUACAGAGAGUUGGACAGACGAAUAGACGAGUUGAGGUGGGAGACCAUGGAGGCCGUGGCCCCGCUGUUUCCGGGCCUGCGUGUCACCAACAGGUUCAGCAUGUUCGAGGAACACCGGCCAUCCAAGUUCUCGAAGUCGAAGGAGCUGAGGCAGCUUCAGCGCUGGUCCGAAGGCGCUGAGGAUCUUCCCGACCUGCUGAUUGUAGGCUACACUUCCUGGAUGCUGCAGCAGACCCGCCUGUAUGACAACACUACAUCUCGCUCCAUACACGAUGUGCUGGCGAUGAUGCUCGAAAUGCACCGUUACGUUGUGCCUCGUCUGGAAAAGAUAUCAAAGGCCACGCGAGUCAUCGUGCUGUCCCAGAGCCGCCAGCGUCCUCACUCCCCGAAUAAGUUCAACAGAAGGGCGGCCUUCAGCAACGUGAACCUCGAAUGGAGUGAAAUGACUUUCCUGCACUUGAUGCGAGCAUACAGAGAGGGCCAUGCCUUCGUCCCUCGCGACGGGCAGCAGGCAGACGCCCAGGACAGCGAGCACGAAACGAAUCGUCAGGGAUCGUUCGACUGGAAUCAUGCAGAGAAGACGCGGCAGUCCACACACAAUCAGGAUCGUGAUUUCAAUAACGAACCGCAAGACAGAGGCGCUGCGGACGAUGGAGAACUCCUCCCCGGUAACAACCAUAGGCACGGCCAACGACUAAAAGACCACUCAGUGUCGUACCGGGACCAUCUGAUCCCUGUAAUGUCCACGCCGGGCCUGUGGUGGUGGGACUCGAGCAUCCCGAUCAACCUGGCGGAGAUCGAAGAGUGCAACGAGCUUCACCGUCGAGACCUGACUGGUGACUUGGCUUACACAGGUCCUCCUCUUGCCUGCAGGGACGAUCACCACGCCGGACCGGGCACGUCUUCUGAUCUCGUUACCAUGUUACUGAACCUAGUAUGUAAUUCCGUCUUAGGUAUGUCUGAGACAUUCUGUUGCACGUGAAGAUGUAUCGAUAAGUAAAAUGUAUCACGGUUCUAUCGGACUUAUGAAGGUACAUGCGAUAAGAAUGAGUCCAAAAGGUCAAAAAUAAAUGUUUGAGAGAAAAGAAAGAUGCGACAGCGCGCGUGUGAAACGAUG